GUAUACAUUAUAUUGUCAAUUUUCACCGUCCGUACUCGGCGGAAAUAGCUAAAAAUAGGAAGGAAGGAAUUGGAUGGUACUAAGAGAAUCACAAUCUGUAUUCGGUGUUUGACACGCUGCAUUACUCAAUUUGUGUCUAUUAAACCACUUACCAAAUCACUAGUCGGUAAAAGAAUGAACAUGGACAAAAUGGCGGAAGUACCGUGUGACAGAAUUUACUGAUCAUUUGCAUACUAUGUUUAGACAGCUGACACAACAGGAAGAUUAGGACCAUGUCAGUGAUGUCUCUUAAUACGACUGAAGGUGAUCUUAUACGAGUCGGUCGGACACGGGACUGGGCUGCUAAACAGGCAGGGCAGGCUCUGUACCCAGGCGGCUCCAUACCAGAGCAAACCAGUGGAUGGCCAGAAAUCAGUGGGACAUACAGCAACAGCUCCCUGAUGGAUGAAAGCCGGGGCAAGAUGUCUGCCGUCAGGCGCACCUUCUGUCUGUUCGUGGCCUUCGAUCUGAUCCUCACCUUCAUCCUGUGGGUCAUCUAUACUCAGCUCAUAGGGGAUAAAGGUUGGGUCGCCUUUCAGAAACAAGUUGCAGGAUACAACUUCACAAUUUCACUGUUUGAUACUGUGAUGUUGUCUGCAGUGCGCCUUACAUUCCUUUUACUGGCCUAUGCUUUGUUCAAUUUAAAACACUGGUGGAUGGUAGCUGUAACAACGUUUUUGUCCUGUGCCUUCUUGGUUGCAAAAAUAUUUUUAUUUGAUUUUGGCUCCACCCAGAGCAGUAAGAACCCCCUGAGCUACUGUUUGCUCAUCAUCUCCUUCGUGCUGGCAUGGGUAGAGACGUGGUUCCUCGACUUCAAGGUGCUGCCACAGGAGACCAAAGACAGGGAGAAAAGGGAAAGAGCUUCCAGAGGGUAUAUUGAUGAGCGAACACCUCUACUCCGUGACAAUGAUGAUCGUUCAGUAGAUGACAGUAGAUACUACUCUCCUGUAGAGUCACUAGAUGGGUCUGAUGAAGAAACUGACAAGCAGGCCCGUGACCGGUUCUACAGCGUCCCCGCCACAGGACAGAGCAACAAACAGGAGGUAGACUACCUGAGUAUCGGCCUGAGUGCGUGGAACAACAUGUGGGACAUGAUCACUAGUGACGACUCAGAAUGGAAGAAGGAAGCUGGGACUGACCCCACAGGAGGGUGCGUUCACAGCAGGACUGUGCCCACACACGGCAAGGUCUUCAGGCUGCAGGGUUUAGUGGAGCUGAGUCCAGCUGAUCUGUUUCGUGAGAUAGUGACCAAUCAGAGUGAGCAGCCGGACUGGAACCCCACUGUGAUUGAGUGCAGGACAUUGCAAGUCAUAAAUGACAACACAGAUGUCUCUUACAAUGUCGCUGCUGAGGGUGGUGGCGGCCUCAUCACCAGCAGGGACUUCGUCACCGUGAGACACUGGGGCGUCAAGGAUGGCACUUACAUGUCAGCAGGCAUUGCUACCACACAUCCAGAAAUGCCACCACAAAAGAAAUAUGUCAGGGGUGAGAACGGCCCAGGAGGCUGGGGCUUCAAACCUGUCCCAGGGGAGCCUGAUCAGUGUAUCUUCGUCUGGCUGCUCAACACAAACCUCAAGGGCUGGCUGCCGCAGAAGCUGAUCGACCAGAGUUUGUCAACAGUCUGUCUUGACAUGCUUGCUCACGUACGCAAACGGGCGGAAAGCCUAAAUAACACUGAGAGGUGAUGGGAACAUGCAGAAAUGUGCAAGGACACAAGCUCGUCACAGGAAACUGGGUGCAAUAUAGUGACAAUUUCUGUAUAAGUCCUGUUCUUGUUGUGACAAGUCACCAGCCAACACGGUCCAGCUUUGGAUCCUGUGGUUCAUGGACCAGCUUUGGAUCCUGUGGUUGAGGGUCCAGCUUUGGAUCCUCACAAUGACAGACUCUUGCUGUGUGUUGGAAGAUAUAUUAUGGAACACAUAGCAUAAUCGAAACAAUGUACUGACUGAUACGGGAUAUAUCAACCAACAGCUACCAGCACUAACAGGAAGAACCAUUGUCCCGCACUGCUGGUUGUAUACAACACUACAAGGGUGCUGACCCUUGUGUGACAGAAUGUUCAGGCCACACUUUAUACUUCUUGGUUUACAUGUGAAAUAGUCCUCAUAUUUUAAAUGAUUUACCCAAAAUUUCAAUACUGAUUUUCUGAAAAAAGUAUUUUUUUAUACAAAACAUAUUUUAAUUAACUUUCUUUUGCAUGUUUUAUAUAUAUAAACAGCUUUCAAGUAAGUUAGUUUCAUGAAAUUCAGUUCAUCCAGAAAUGUUCUGAAUGGUGUUUACAUUAUUGGAACUACCCCAUACCCAUUAUUGGAACUACCCCAUACCCAUUAUUGGAACUACCCCAUACCCAUUAUUGUAACUACCCCAUACCCAUUAUUCACCCAGAAAUUUAUUAUUGCCUGAUUAUGUGAUUGGGUAGCUUCUGGAUUAACCGACUUUCACAGCAUUCGAAUACUGAUUUUGAAUUUAAUAAUUGUACUUUUAUUUGAAAGAUAUUAUGUUUCGAUUGUUUGAGGCACUGACCAAGCAAGAAUGAACCAUGUGAACCAAGAAAGCCUAGAUGGAGUUACUAUACUAUGUUAUCUAUAGAAGCUAUGAAAUCACUGGCAGGUCUGUCGAUCUCCCAACACAACAACCUCUUCUUUAUCACUGUCCUGUCUACAUAAGAAAAUAUUCACACUUCAUUAUGUCUCAUAUGUCUGUAAAUAAUCUUUUCUACAAUUAUGCUGUUGUAAAAGAGUUUAUAUGCAAGAAUUAUCUUGUAUUUCAAAUCGUGAAUUGUAUUUAGGGACCUGAUUCUGCCACCACCAUUUUAUAUGCAAUGUUAUUCAUGUAUUCAUCAUUCAACUAUUAGGGAUAGGCUGUGAGAGAGCUUGGACACAUUAUGUGUUAGCAUAUAUGCAUGAGGUGUAUGCGGCAAUGUUACUUGGCAUUCUUGUUCACAAAAGUAUCUUGUAAUUAUGUUAACAGAAUGGAAUAGAUAAUCAGUUUGAAAAAGUGCCAAAAUAUGCUCAAUUUAUUAAGUUACUAAUAGGUGUGAAUUGCUCAUGUGAUGUUUAGAAAUAGUCAUUGAAAUCAAAUUUGUUUGUCAAUUAAUUUGAAGAGACUUUUAACUGUUUUGACUUUUGAAAUGGCUAAUUUACAUUGAAAGAAUUUUACGUCGCCUGCCAUGAAACAAGAAACUGAAACAUUUCUUCUUUCUCACUAAACAUGAAUGUAUAUAUUGGGGUGGGGGGUAAACAUGUUGUUCAAGGGAGAUAUUGGUGCAUAUGUUUAAAACAGUUUACAAUCAAUACCUACAUUAUGGAAAACAUGUCAAUUGUGGAAUAUAGGAAUUCUCCAUGAUAACAGCUUGUUGCUGGGGCAUUUACAAAGGUGCCAUGCAGGAAUAAAAACCAAUGUUAAUAUGCUAUUUAAUUAUAUUCAUGAUAACAAAGUCUUGCUAUUAUUUCUAGAACAAAAUAAAUGUAUAUAUGUAAAUAGAAAUACAAAGAUCUACCCUUGUAGGUGUAGAAAACUGACACGUGUGUCUGUAUGUAUUGUGAUGUGGGAUACUACUUGCAGAACAGUGUACACCAUGAAUAUAUAUGAUCGCUCAUGGAGAAGCCUGUUUCUUGCACAACUGAGAUAUUAUAAAGUUUAUUGUGUGACUGAUUUUAAUGCCAGACAAUAUUUCCAUAUCAAAUAUAAUGCUCAGAAGAGAGGAAUAUAAUCAUGAUUGGAAAUACUCAAAACAUAAAAUUAUGUGUUAUUAUAUUUGUGAUUACUAAUGAGUAUCAUAUUCAUCUAGUGUUAAUUAAUUUAUUGAUAAAGAACAUCAAUCAGAUAUCUUGUUUGAACAUGUUCUAAAUGUGUCAGGGUUAAUUUGAAGUUGUGACUGAUCAAGUUAACUGUUUGAAAGCAAAAUAUUUUCAAUUUGUUAUUACACAUGAUUCUAUUAAUUUUGAUAUAUCAAUCAAUCAGGUUUUGAAAUUUGUCAGAGCCUUCAUGAACAGAAUAACACAUACGUGACAAUUAUCAGAACAGGGUGACAUGUUCCUGAUGAUUCUACCUCUUCUGGAACCAUUGGUCACAAGACACUAUACCAUGUGUUCAUGAACCUUAACCCAAUAAAGCCAUCCCUUUAUACCAGACCAGUGCACCUGGUGAACCUAGGGUCUUCGUGUGCUGGUUGGGGACUGUAUACAGGAUGUCCCUGCUGCUCACACCUCCAUAGGAAGAGGUUUCGGUGACAUGACAGAGAAUGUGACCAAAAUAGACAGUUUUGGAUCAGAUUGUUUAUCAGAUUUGUACAUAUAUAUUCAUGCCAUGACAUUCAUGAGUAGCAGAUGUCUGCAGAACACUGACUAUGACAGGGAAAAUGAGGGUAAUAUUGAACUAAUGUCUGUACUGUUUAUGUCUGAAGUGCCAUAAGGGUUUGCCUGAUUUAAAGAAACUUUUGUUGUAAUUUUGUUAUCCACAAAGACUUUUAGGGCAAUUUUCCUUCAUGUGUGAUCCUGGAAAUACAUUGAUGUUAAAUUGCUACCAACUCCUUUGUUAAUUUCUAUAGACCUCACUUUUACCCAGGUGGCCAUGGGGUAGCCUAUUGCUGGAAUAUUGGUAACAGCGGCGUAAAACCCAACUCAUUCACUUGAUACAUGGUCAGAAGACUGAAUACAAUGUCCCAGCCUUUGAUAGUGAUAUCCCUUGUGCUGUCAUGUAAAUAAUAUAAAGGUUGUGUAGUGUAUAUCUGAUAGGAUGACUUUGUUUGCAUUGUUAAAUACAGACAUGCUGCUGGUGUACUUUGCCUGACAUUAAUUCAUUUCAAGUUGUCAUUAUAGGAAAGUAUUGGCUGUGAUUUUUCUUGUCACAGUCUGUUUUCACUAUGAAGUAUUCAAAUAUUUUCUAUGCCGGUGAUAAAUCUGUAAGUUGUAAUAUUUUUCUCAGUGUUUUUUCACAGUGUCAGUCAGCACAUGUAAAUGUAACUUCUUAAGGGUGAUUCAAACUUGCAUUUAGGUUUGCUUACUGUUUACUUCUUUAGCUUCGUAGGGCACAUAAUAGCCAUUACAGUGACAGAAGCGGGACAUAGGGCAUUUAGCACUGAGUUUGACUGGUCAUUUCUGAGGUGACCAGCCCUGGUAGGUGUGGAGCAUCCACUCCUUAUCACCACACUUUGUACAGACACUUUGUACAGACAUCUGCUGUAUUUGAGGAAGAGCCCUUCACUUGUAAUGUUUCAUAUGAUAAAAAAUUUCAAAAUUGUUUCAUUUUACCCAAUACAAUAAGGUUUCAUCAUUGUUUUAUUUUAUAUGUUAUCAUGGUACUUGAAGCAUGAACAAAAUUUCACUUUUAUCAUUUUAUACCUGAAAACAUGUAGCAAAUGUUCUCAUCAAGCAUGAUUUCAUAAUGGUGAGUGGUUCAAAUUUCUUUUACAACAGACACAAUAUUUUAUGUGUAAUGUUAAAGUCAUUGCCCAUUGAUGUAGGUAUGUUUGGGAAUAUGAUUAUAAUCUCUAACCAGAAAGGCUUACUUUUCUGUCUGAUAGUAGACAUAUUCUUCUGAAACAUAACUUCUGACCACCUAUUCAUGUUGUUGUGAUCACAAUGUAUUGGAUUUUAUCAAGGAGGGCUUGCAGUACAUGUAGUAGUGACAGGUUCAGCCUACGUCACAUGCUCCAUGCAUUCAUCACAAUCUGUACAAACUGUAGAAAGUGUGUACAGUGAACUCAUGUACUUAUAUCAUGUCUUGUAUAUAUGAGAAUGAAUAUGGAAAAUACAGUUUCAGAAUGUGUGAUAAUAUAAAAUAAAUGUCAUUUUUCAGUAAA